AUGUUGCUGAAGGUGAAAUACCAGGGUACCAAGAAGUACAUCAGAUUGCAGUCAGGCUUCACCUAUUUGGAAUUCAUCAAUGAAGUCAAAAGCAAGUUUGGUCUUCCUGAUGCGACUGACCUUCAAAUCUUUGAUGAAACCGACACAGCAGUGGAUGAAGACAUCCUUCUUGAACUGAUAGAGUCCAAUCCUGACUUAUGCCUGACAAUGGUAGAAAAUGCCUUGCUAAGGAAACCUGGAGGUGAGGAUGUCCUGGAAGAGUACAAGUCAGAAAAUACGUUGACGCACAGCACCCGGAGACACCUUGUUAACAUUCUGACUAGCCAUAUGACUGAAAUGCAUGGGAGGAUUGUUCCACGUCAGCAAAAAGAGAAGUAUGCCCUGGGAAUCAUUACACUCUUUCCCUCGCUGAAGGAUCCUUUUUCUCCAAAGGGAUAUCUGAAUCAAGACUUCCUGCUGCUGUUUGGUGGUGAAACAGCAUCCAAGAUGCUUGAAAAGUGGGACACGGCAUUCAAGUACAAGGUUAUCAAAGAGGCCAAACAACUGACUCAGUCAAAAGAGCUGUGCCGACUUCUGAAUGCUGCUGAGAAACCUACGGAGAAUGAUGACACUAGUAAGUCUGGACGGAAGAGGAGCAAAAUCAGUGCCAGUGAUGCAGUGGAAAAAAUGGUUCACUUUCACAAGUCGUGCUGCAGCAUUGAUGAACACCUGCGUGGGAGAAAGGGUCAACAACCGUACAUCCUUGCUGCUGGUCGCACCCAGAACAAGAUUGACAACUUCUAUAUUGUCGUUGACAAACAGCUCAUCCCCUGCCAAGCCACCAGCUCCUUAGGUGCUUUUGAUGAACUGUUCAAAUCACACUACGUGUUCAACCUGUCAUACGAGGAGUCCCUGGUCCAGCUCUACACAUUUGUGCAGACAACAGUCUACAACAUCGAUGUCACAACAACAGAUGAGUCUCCAAGAAUCCGUGAGUUGCGGGCAAAACUCCUGAACUAG